AAUGGCAGUGGUAGGAGUGGGUGCUGGGUGCAAUGACCUGCACAGAACUGAAGAAAGCUGUCGAGUUGUGGGUCUUGAUCUCGAGCCCCUCCAUGAUGAACCAGCUCCGGUGUGACCCUGGGUAGAAGUGAUUGAUCAUACUGAACUUCAGCCUCAAGAAUGGACCAAAGAGGUUGUUGUAGGUCAUCACAAGCUGGGCAGCAGAGUCGUUCCAGCUGGAGCCUGUCAAAUUGAGCUCUGGGGCUCCGAAGGAAAGUGGACUGUAUUUUCCUCUACUCACUGAAGAGUUUUCAAUUCCUGAACCCUUUCCCCACCUCCCUCCUUUUCCUGCUGAGGGCCAAAGGGAGGGUUGCCCCAAUUGUAGGUAGCAGGUCCUGGUUCUCUGACUCCUCUCUUGAAGCUCUUUCCCUUGCCCAGAGCUGCCUCUCCAGGGUACAUAGUUUGAUGAAGGAUAAGAGAAGGGCUAAGGACAAAGUCCUCGGAAUAAACAGCACGAGCAUCAGAUGAUAUCCAAGUAUGGGUUACAUUUUCCAGUUACAAAGAGACUAUUACAGAAAAUUCUCAUAGAAAUAUAUACUAGAAUUAACACAGCCAGGACUUCCUGAUGGCAAGUUCAGUGCUCUAUUCAGUGUAUCACCUAACUGCUUUGAAGAUAUGGAAUAUAAAUGUUAUAUAAUAAUCAUACACAGGAACAGGAAUGCAUGAAGGGUUAGGUAUAAAGAUCAGUGUUGUUCAGUCUUUUUUCAGCCUUAUCUCUCUCUUUAUGACCCCAGGUCCCACUGGUGUGAAUGUGAAAUCUCCUACCUCUCUUUUCUGAUUAUAAUAGUAUUAGCCUUUGUGAUUAUUUUCAUAAUACAAGCAUUGGUUUUUGAGUUAAUAGUCAAAUAAUAUGGUUUCCUAAGAAAAAUACAGUUUAGGGUGGUAUUAAAUCUUGCAAACAGGCAUUUUGACUUUAAGCCUGCAACCUAAAAGUUUCUACCAAGCCCAACACACCCUGCUGCCUGUAAGCACAAGACAUUCACUCAGGAGGUGGAGGGCUGCCUUUGGGGUAUCUGGCUAGGUGCAAUGGCUAUGUCAAUCUUCUAGUUGCUGACUCCUAACAUUAAUAGAAAUUGUCAACAAAAAAUAAUUAGCCUCUGACCCCUUAUUACAGAGAGCUUGGAAAGGUCAGUCAUAAUCAUAGACAUACCACUCAUAGUGAUUUUUUCUGUACUUUCCAGCUUAUUCAGCACUUGUGUCAUUAAUUAAGACCUUCCUAUAUGAAAGACUUAUUUUCAUCUUACUUUAAAUUUUGACAGCAUUUUCUGUCUUUAAUAUGACACUAUGUUAUCAGAUUUCUGUGCUUAAAAAAAGGCUAUUUCCUAAGGCUUGGGGUCUUUGACCAGAGUCUAGCUUUAUUGUGAGACCAGCCAUCUCUCAAUAAACCUAUUAUUAGCUUGGAGACUGUAUUGAUGUGAUAAUUUUUCACCACAUUAGGAGGCAAGUGGAUAGAGUGCCAGGCAUAGACUGGGAAAACUCAGCUUCCUGAAUUCAAAUCUGGCCUCAGAUACUUACUAGCUCUGUGAUGCUGGGCAAAUCACUAAACCCUCAGUUUCUUCAUCUGUCCAAUGAGCUGGAGAAGGAAAUGGCAAACUACUCCAAUAUCUCUGCCAAGAAAACCCCAAAUGGGGUCAUGAGUUCAGUUUUAGACAUGUUUUAAGUUUAAGAUGACAAUGGGACAGCUAGUUCAUGGCAUUCUAUAGGCCUUUGGAGAUAGAAGACUGCAAAUAUAAUUGAGAAUUCUGUCUGUAGCAAUAAUAAUGGAAUCCAUGAGAACUGCUGAGAUUACCAAAUGAAGGAGUUUAGAGGGAGUAAGUUUAGAGAGAAGAGAGCAGAGGGAAGAGUCUUUUGGGUCACCCAAGGUUAGGGGGAAGGGACCCAGGUGAAGAAGAUCAGCAGAAGAAGUCAAGAAGCCUUCAGACAGGCAGAGGGAGAACCAGGAGAAAGCAGUGUCUUAAAGAGGGAGACUGACAAUGUCAGUGGCUGCAGAGAGAUCAAAAAGGAUGAACAUUGAGAAUAGAGCCAUUAAAAUUGGCAAUUAAGGGAUUAUUGGAAACUGUGGAGUUUCUGGGUGACUCUGGAGCCUCCCAAAGAAGGGAACUAACCUGGUAACUAAGGAAAGUCAGCAGGACUGCUCAGACACUUAACCAGUGCCAUUAUUCUAAGGUAAUCGAGUUGUGGGAAAGCUUAAAUGGGAGGAAGGGAAGGAGAGAGAGUUGGAAGAAUGCGGGAAAGAAGGGAAACAUUUAAAAAAAGAGGGGAAGGGAUAAAUGGAGGAGAGGGAAAAGAAGAGCUAGACACAGGAGAGAGGGCAGAGUAGGAGAAGGGAGAGGAGAGAGGAAAGAGUGAGGAGAGAGGGAGGGGAAGUAGGGGAAAGAGGAAUGGAAAGGAGGAGAAGGCCAGAGGGAGGAGAAGAUGGGUGGCUGGGCGCUGGAAUAGAGAUCUCCCCAAAGAAGAGCUGAGAAAAGUGGGAGGAGGAUGCUUCGGGUCUUAGAGAGGAGAGGCGGGGACUAGUGUCCGAUAGGGGAGGAGCAGAGGUGUUUAAACACCCUCAGGGCGGGGCCGGACCCGGAAGCGGGUCUGUUGGUCUCCAGCGUUAGUCUACUGACCUCCUCCCCCGGGCUGGGUGGGCGAAGGGGAGGCCAUGGAGGAAUCCCAGCGCGAACUCUUCCAGAAGAACCGCCUGCGCCUGGUGUGCGAGCUGCAGGUGGAGCCGCUUUGGGAUCUGAUGCUGGACCGAGAGCUGUUCACUCGAGACAUGAUCGAGGACAUCCAGAGAGCCGGCACUCGGAGAGAUCAAGCUCGACAACUGGUCACAGAUCUUCAGACACGAGGGAAACGUGCCCUUCCCAUAUUCAUCUCUUGCCUGGAAGCCACUGGCCAGUGGGAUCUAGCAGCCCUCCUCAGUGAGAGUAACACGACUCUGACCCAACAGCCGGAUCCCAUUGACAUCAAACCAGUUGAAAUGAUCAGAUCUGGGGGACUAAGAAGUACUGAUAUGAAACUUCCCAUAAAACCACUGGUCCCAGGCUCUUACACCAGCAAGAAAGAUGUACCACAGGGUGCUGUGGUGUCUACACAAACCCAAGGUGGGAGAGACACUAGUAUGGUUGGGCAGGUGUAUACCCUGAACUCAGACCCGUGUGGCUACUGUCUCAUCAUCAACAACGUGGACUUCUGUGCAUCCUCAGGCCUUUCUUCCCGAAAAGGCUCCAACAUCGACUGUGAAAAGAUGCACAAUCGCUUCCAAGCUCUGCAUUUUGCUGUGGAGGUUGAGCGGAAUCUGAGCGCGAAGGGAAUGGGAGCAGCCUUGCAACAGCUGGCAGAGAGGGACCACAGUGCUCUGGACUGCUGCGUGGUGGUCAUUCUGUCUCAUGGCUGUCAGGCCAGUCAUAUCCAGUUUCCUGGAGCCAUCCAUGGCACUGAUGGAGCCUCCAUUUCAGUUGAGAGAAUUGUGAACAUCUUCAGUGGGUCCAGAUGCCCCAGCUUGGGAGGGAAACCAAAGCUUUUCUUUAUCCAGGCCUGUGGUGGGGAUCAGAGAGACCAUGGAUUUCAGGUGUCUUCUAAUAUUCCUGAGGACAAGUCCCCUGGCAGUGACCCUGAGACCGAUGCCACUCCUUUUCAAAAUAACUUUGAUCAGCCAGAUGCCGUGGCCAGCUUACCGACACCAAGUGACAUCUUGGUAUCCUAUUCUACUUUUCCUGGUUUUGUCUCCUGGAGGGAUCCAAAGAGUGGUUCGUGGUACAUAGAGACCUUGGAUAGAGUCUUGGAGGAGUGGGCUGAUCGUGAAGACUUACUGCAUAUGCUUCUCAUGGUGUCUAAUGCUGUAUCUGCCAGAGGGACAUAUAAACAGAUUCCUGGUUGUUUUAAUUUCCUCCGGAAAAGAUUUUUCUUUAAAACAAAGUGAGAAUGAAUAUGGCUCUUUCUCCCUCCUACUUGAAACUCUUUUCUCUCUGCCUGGAAACACCUGCAGACAAGGGCACUGGAAUUUCUUACCUAGGAAUGGGCAGAAGGUGGCCUCUUUUACUUUGCUCUGAACAACUUCCUGAUUUUUUUUAUCCUGGAGACAUUAGAGAUACCAGCUUCCUGGCUUUUGCCUCACAGGUCCAGUGAUGAGAAGAGCUCAAGUCUAAAAGGGGUGGGGGAAGAGAUGACCCCUGGACAUUCAUGCCCACUGUGGCUGGCUAACUGGGUGACUUGGUUUCUUUGAAAUUGGGGGCUGUAAACACCGAAGGAAGUCUCAACUCCUUGAUAAGUAAGUUGGGUGCCACCAGAUGCUUAAAAAUGGAAAUCUCUGAUCUUGAAAAAGGCUUUAGAAAUUGUUUUAUUUUUCUACUGUUUGUGAUUUUCAUAAAAAGAAAAUUCUUUUAUAAA